AAUAUAAACUAUAAAACCUACCGACCGAUCGGUUCGUUACGACGAUACGCACACACUCGUCGAGUGUCAAACCGUUCGAACGGGGCCCCUCCGACGUCUAAACUUGCGCGACAUCCGAACUACGUCUCUCGUAGGCAACACAAUAAUAUUAUUAUAAUACGACUUGUCCGACACGAUGAGUCCUCCAGGAAGCGACGCGACGGCGGACCCGACGGCCGACGGCGGCGGCACCGGCAGCAGCCUGUCCGACCUGUUGGCCGGUUCGCUGGCCGGCGUGGCCGUCGUGCUGGUCGGCCAGCCGCUGGACACGGUCAAGACCAAGCUGCAGACGUUCCGCGGCCUGUACACCGGUCCCGUCCAGUGUCUGGCGCACACGUACCGGAAGUCCGGGCUCCGGGGCCUGUACGCCGGUUCGUCGCCGGCCAUGGUGGCCGGCGUGGCCGAGAACUCGGUGCUGUUCGCCAGCUACGGCCUGUGCCAGCGCGCUGUGGCCGCGAUCACCGGGGCCCGGGACGCCAAGCAGAUGGACGCGUUCAGCAACGCCGUGGCCGGCUGCGCGGCGUCCGUGUUCUCGUCCGUGGUCCUGUGCCCGGCCGAGUUGGUCAAGAUCAAGCUGCAGGCGGGUCGCGAGCUGGCCGAAUCCCGAGGCCAGCGGUUCCAAGGUUCUGUGUACCGCGUCACCAAGGACAUCAUGAGGCACCACGGGCCGGGAGGUCUGUUUCGCGGACUUGAGAUGACCGUGGCCCGGGAAAUGCCCAGCUACUUCUGCUUUUUCGGCGUGUACGAGAUGGUCCGGGAGGCUCUGAAACCGGCUGGCCGGACCCGGGCCGACUGCGGCCUGCUGGCCACCACGGCGGCCGGGGCCGCAGGCGGGGUGCUCCUGUGGACGGUGACGUUUCCGGUGGACGUGGUCAAGUCUCGGAUUCAGCUGGACGACGCGAUGCCCACGCGCGGCUGGACCAUGUGCAUGUUUCACGUGUACCGGAACGAGGGAGUGGUCGCGCUGUACAGCGGCCUGGCGCCGACGCUCAUCCGGUGCGUCCCGUCGUCCGCCGUUCUGUUUCUCGUCUACGAGUACACCAAAAAACUGUUCGAACCCUAAGGCCCGGAGCGGUUGGGGUGACGUCGAAGAACGUCACGGGAAGCCCCGCGGAACGAAUAGGCCUUCAACUGGGGGGAUGGGUUUUCCGGUCGGGAGAUCGAACACACCCAACUUUGAACGCGUAUUCAAAGUCUGUUUGAAAUCGAUACCGGAAAUCGAAUGCUUCCAACUCGACCGUUUCAAACAGUUCGCGAAAAAUCGAGUCCGAUAUCGAUACUCGUUAAUAUUAUAAUCAAUAUCGUAAUAUUUUUUUUAUACAUAUACCUAUCUGCAUUAAAUUGUGUAGCGUGAGAACGUUAAUACUUAUAAUACUUUAACUUUUUAAUAGUUGAAAAUAAUUUUCAACUUAAUCGGGUAUAUAUAUAUUUUUGUUUAAAACUAAAAUAUAUUUAUGAAUUAAAUUAAAGUUUGAAAGUCCUAAACGUUAGAAGAGUUCGAAAGAAAUUCGAGUAAAAAAUGGAUCGAACUUGAACUGCAGUUUGAGAAAAAAAACAAAGUUCAAUUUCGAAUUGACAGAAUAAAUGAAAAUUUAAGUUAAACUCAUCCUUACCUAUAAUAAUAAUACAUAACACUAAUUAUUAAUAUACUUGAAAUGUUGUUCAAAAGUCAAAGUGCAGUGACGUUUCAAGUGACAAAAUUCACUGGUGGAUGCGACGACAGUAUAAAUAUUACUAUAUAAUACAGACGAUGAUCAAUUUUUAAGAUUUUUUUUCAAUACGUGGCACUUGUUUAAUAACAUCAAAAACUUGCAAAAUGCUUUAAAAUGUAUAGUUAAAAUUUCCAAUUAUUUAGGGAUGUAGGUACUGUAGCGUACCUACGACACUGACGGAGUUUUUUUAAUAACCCAAAAAUAAACGUUAAACUA